AUGAAGUCAUCUGUCUCAGCCCUUGCACUGCUGCUCCUCGGAGCGCCUCAAUUUAGCCUUGCUCAUCCGACAGGAACUGAAAACCUCAACCGCACAGAGGACGACUCUAAACCCCAGAAGCACGGAUACGAUGUCUUUACAAGCUUUCCCCAACCAGCAGGUGAUCUGUGCAACGGCCAAUUGAAAGAUGUUACUGUAGAGUUCAUCCCUACUGGACCGGGAGCCUUUCGAAUUGACAACGUCCCGCCUGCGUGCAUGACGCUUGCAACCAUUUUUCUUGAUGGUCCUGACUCGCCCGAUCCCGUUCCCCUUGGCUCCACGUCUCUAGGAUUCAGUAGUAUAUCUGAUGAUGAGCCCCAACGUCUUCAGGCUAUCCUGGAUGCCCCAUAUCUAACAUUAGCCUAA